AUGCCGGUUCCCCUUGCCCCGUAUCCGGCUCCUCCGGUGCCAUUCACGCCGCCCAAUGGGGGGCAAAGCCAGCUUGUCUGCAUCGGAUGCCGGAAUCUCCUCAUGUAUCCAGCUGGUGCGACGUCGGUCUGCUGUGCAGUUUGCAGCACCGUCACCGCCGUGCCGGCUCCAGGAACUGAGAUGGCACAGCUAGUUUGCGGAGGAUGCCACACUCUCCUGAUGUACAUACGUGGUGCAACGAGUGUACAAUGUUCUUGCUGCCACACUGUUAACCUGGCUAUGGAAGCAAAUCAAGUUGCGCAUGUAAACUGCGGGAACUGCCAUAUGCUGCUCAUGUACCAGUAUGGAGCUAGGUCUGUGAAAUGCGCAGUCUGCAAUUUUGUGACAUCAGUUGGGGCCUCACCUGGUGCAGAGCAGAAGCCCAGCAGCUGA